UAUUUUGAAGGGAAAUCGCGGAGGUCAGGCCUUAUUUAUAGAAGUGUCAUGGAACUGAGGGUGGAUGGAAGGUCUGGGAUGGAUUCGAAGACGGAGCAGGCCGGUGGUAGCUGGUCCCCUGCAGGAAGGUGAGGUGCCGGAGGUCCCUCCGCCCCCUCUGGACAUCGAGGGGUCCCCGGCGUACACAGUACGUUCUAUUCUGGACUCUAGACACCGGGUGAGGAGUCUACAGUACCUCGUGGACUGGGAGGGGUACCAGAGCCAGACCCUGUCCCCCGGUGCGAACACGGGGGCCUCACUGCGGUGGCGGUCAGUGCGCCUCUUCUGCCGCCCACCAGCUUGUUUGAGUGAUUCCUGGACGGAGUCAGGCGCAGAGAGCAGAGGUUUAAGGAAAACCUUAAGGAGAGGUGCUGGAACCGGUGGGGAACAUUUUGGAUCCAUCACUGCUGAGGGAUUUCCAUCGCCUCCAUCCGGAUCGCCCUGCGCCUCGCCCUCCGGGUCGCCCUCGAGGGGGGGGGGUACUGUCACGACUUCCACCGAAGUCUUCCCCUUCCUGUUCGGGUGGUGCUCGGCGGUCGUCGUCACCAGCUGCCACCGAUUCCCUUUUCCUUUUCUGUUGGUUAUGUCUUAUUGGUUUCACCUGUUUCUCGUUUGGGGUUUGGUUUAGGGCUAUUUAAGCCUGUUAUGCCCGCCUGCUUUUGUGCGGGCUUGUUUCUCUGUUCUGUUUUGUGGAUGGUAUUGUUUGUAUUUUUCCGGACUGUUUGUGUCCUGUUUUGGGCCGGUCAUUUAUUCGCCUGUUGUUUGGGCAUGACUUUUUCUCACCGGAAUAAAUAUGGUUUUCCUUAAACCUCUGCUCUCUGCGCCUGACUCCGCACCCACCACUGCUAGUUUCGUAACACACUGGGAGACAAAUUCACCUUUCAGCGGGAUAAUAACCUAAAACACAAGGCCAAAAAUACACUGGAGUUGCUUCCCAAGACGACUUGAAUGUUCCUGAGCGGCGUAGUUACAGUUUUGACUUAAAUCGGCUUGAAAAUCUAUGGCAAGACUUAAAAAUGGCUGUCUAGCAAUGAUCAACAACCAUUUUCAAUGGAUUUGCAAAAUGUUUUUUUUUAAAUGUUUUUACUUUGUCAUUAUAGGGUAUUAUGUGUUCAUGGGUCUGCUUCAUCCAAAAAAGUCAAUUUAAUCAAUUUUGAAUUCAGGCUGCAAUACAUAAUGUGGAAUAAGUCAAGAGGUAUGAGUACUUUCUGAAGGCACUUAAAAUGCCUUGUACUCCUGCACAUUGUUCUUGUGCUGGUACUCCCUGUCUACAGUAUAGCUUCAUUCAUGCGUAUAUGUUAUUCCUCGUGUUACUAUUUGUAUUUUUAUUAUUAUUAUUUCUUAAGUCUGCAUCGCCGGAAAGUGCAAGGCAAGCAUUUCACGCCCGUUUUAUUCGGGGCAUGUGACAAAUAAAAUUUGAUUUGAAAAGCUUUAAAACUGGCAGUAAUGAUGUAGUCCAACCUAUAUAAUAAACCAAGAGACCACUUCAACUACCAAAGUGUAAAUGUAAAGCAUGCUGGGUGUUAUUCGAAUGAGCUCAGCCCCGAAACAAGUAAAAAUUUGGUCGGUCUGGACCUGACCAAAUCUGACGAAGCACAGACGUCUAGGCUUUGUUUCACAAGUUUUAACAGCACAGUAUGCCACAGUUCAGUACAGUAGAGCACUGUACUGUAGUGUACCCUGCUGUACUGUAAGGUACUGUGCUGUUCCAACUUGUGAAACAUAGAUGUCUAUUAUUGGUUCACAUUUGGUUCUGAUCGGACUAAAUCUGAACCAAUGAUAGACGUCUAUGUUUGGGCCAAAUAUAGGCCGGUCCAGAUCGGACGUCUGUGGACGUUGAAAUCAAGGCCGGUCGUCUAGACGUCUAUGAUUGGUUCAGAUUUGGUCUGUUCCGGACCAAAAAUCUAUGUCCGUGGACGUUGAAAUCAAGGCUGUUCCGGACUGCACCAAAAAAAGACGCCAGGUCUGAACAGAACCAAAAGAAAGGGUUAAAACUCUCAAUAACCACCUACAUUAUGUUUCAAUGGCUGACACAACAAGGAUUUAUGCUACUCAUUGCCCUUUGCCGCUACAAAUGACAAAGAGAAACAAGUAGAUUGCCUCUUGUAGACCGGACAACUCUGGUGUUGUUAUUGGAGAUUGUGAGAGUUUGAUUGAUUUGAAACAAUUAGUUAAAGGUCAAACAAUCACUCAACCAAUACCCUUUCUAUCAAAUUUACAUUCAACACAAGUACUGGCAGAACAAACUCUAUCAUUCUUUAUUUGACUUGUUUCUUUGGAUCAAUUCACCACGGGUGACUGGAACGUGUGACAACACAGCAUACAGACUGUUAACCGGUACAUCUAACCCUGUGUUCUAGUGUCAGAUCAGGAUGUAUGCUAAUUUGUGAGAGAGAACAAAGAGUGAUUAGCGUUUUUGAUGUUAUGUAGCAUCGUGCAGUACUGUACAAUGCCCCAGUGUCAUCUCAAAUACAUCAAUUUUGAGCACAUUGUGAAUCAUUUCAUCUCACUCAUCCAAGGCUAUGCCGCUUCAAGCGUUGCUUUUUUACCCAGUCUUUUCAAGGUCAGUCCACACACUGAGCAGACUCUCUCCUCCUCUUCUAUUACUUUACACUUACCAUGUGCUCUCUCCCUUUCUGCUCACUAGCCUAUGAGGAGUCGCCAGAAAACGCUAAGUUUUAGUUCAGGGAUACAAUAUUUUCAACUUAACUUACGUUUUCCCUGAAAAACGGAAGUGGGAACUCCGCUCAGGCAUCUUUCUACACCUGCUAUGUUAGGUUAGCUGCUCCCUAACGCCUCUCUUCUAUGUAUACUCCAUUCCUCUUCUCAAUAUCCAUUUGCACCAUCUCUCCUUUCCUAUCCCCUCUCUGUUCAGACAAUGACGAGACCUUGAAUCCAAAGGGAAGAGGAAAGGAAAAACAAAUCUAAAUUUUCUCUGUGUUUCUCUCAGCCCUGUAUACUGCUAAAUGCUGAAAGUAAACUCCUGUCUGCACCUUGGGCACAGUUUUAAUAAGCACGUGUGUGCUUGUUUUGUUUGGAGCUGGUAGGGGCAAUAUCAGGAUUACCUGAUUGAUAAAUAACCUAUUGCCUUCCUGAAUUGAAUAAGUGAACAAUGACAGGGACUUUCAAGCAGCAGUAAUUCAUCAUGGGGGAUUCCCUCUCUGAUUUAACAAUAGAACAUACAUCUCUCCUGUUUGGGUUGGUCCAUGUUACUCUGUCUGAAGACAUCUUUAACAACUGUUAUUUCAAUGCCAAUUUCAAUGAAGGUGUAUAUUUCAGGCAGACACAACACCCACAUGAGAGCUACACACCACACUAAAUGAAUAUUGGUGGCACCACAGGUAGCUAAUUUAGGCAGGGCUCCUACUUCUCCAGUUAUGCUUCACACAUUCAUAUUGACAUGGUGGGUCUAAUCAGUUGCCAUGGAUUCAAAUGUCAUGAGUGGCAUAACUGUAUCCUACAAUACUACUUGUUUUGUAGAAGGGUAGAUAUAUGCAAUAAUUUGUUUUAGGGUUUGGUUUAAUUUGCCAUUUUGUGGAGAGAGUUGGUCCUGCUACUGGAUGCUAGCUGUUGUAGGAUUGAAGAGAAUUUGAGAAUAAAACUCAGUAUUCAGUAGGUCAGCUUUCUCCCAAAGCCCAAAUUGCACACUUGAUGUUAUUCACUGUAGCGUACUUCACUGGUGUUGGAGCCAAGGUUUCCCAAUACCCCUAGCUGAAAAGUGAAAACACUAUCAUCUUCAGGCAGGGGCUUCAUAAAACCUAACCUUCAUUGAAUCUCUUGUCGACGGGUGGGGUCAUCUGAUAGAUCAGAACAACAAAGCCACAGAGAGGAGGAUAGCCAGAGCCAGAGUUAUAGUCAAACACCAUUGGUUGUCCACGAACAAUAAGGCUGUGUUAGAUAACUGCAUGCAGUGGUUUUGCCAGGGGAGCACUGGCCAUGGAAUCUACAGCGGUGAUCUCCUAAAGUCCUUAACAGCAUCAUUUUAUCCAUAACUGCACUAAACAGAUCAGAGUGAUAGAAGUUCCACAUUUUAAGCCAGAUAUACAGUACUUUUCAACCUUGAGGGAGGGAUGUGUCGAUGUACCAUAUUUUCUUUUGUCGUGAAAACAUAACAUCUCCUUUUCUAAUAUGAAAUGUGCAUACAUUACAAUGCUAUGUUGUUACAUUCUGUAUAUGUCAGCAUUGGGUGCAUAUCAUGAAUGAAUCUAUUUAUCUGUGUGUUCUUAUACAGUCUACUAUGGUAUGGGAACACAGUGCUUGCUGGGACAUAGUCUCCAUUGAGUUAACUCGAGUUGUUUUUUAUGUUUACUAAGGCAGCUGGGAGCCAUGAAAUAUGAAUAUAUAAAGCCUUCCAAAUAACUGGGAGUCAAUUAUGCUGAUCAUCACCUCCCAUCUUUACACCAAAUGUCAAUCUGAAGUCCUGCAGUAGUACAGGAAGGUACCGUAUCUGUCCAAAUCUCAGGCACUGGACAGAGAGCACCAGAACUCAUUUCCAUUUGGUAUUUCAUCAAAACUAGAAUACAUCUUGGAGGCCUUCAUUUAAAAAAAAAACUUUAUUUCAACAGGGAGUCAUACUGAGACCUCUUUUAAAGAAGAGCCCUGUAUUACAGAAAUGACAGAAAAUACACACAUCAAAAUAUACAUGCAAAAUGCAAGCAGAAAGAAAACACGGUUAUAAAAAGAAAAACAUUCAUCAGUAAUAAGGUCCUCAAUCAGCUUUCUGAAUUGCCCUAGAGGCACCAAAACAUCACAUUAAGAACAUUUUGUUCCACAAAUAAGGUGCAAGAAAACUAAAAGCUGAUUUACCUAACUCAGUAGAGACCAAAGGAAUGUCCAGUUAGCCAUCCCUGAGACUGGGUGUGGUAACUCAUAUGUUUAAAGUUUAGUAAUGAUGUUCGGUACAGUGGGAGUUUCUGUAAAAUGGCUUUAUAAAUGAAAACAUAGUAAUGUAUCAACUUCCGUGACAUCAAAGAGGGCCAACCAACUUUCUGGUAGAGAAUGCAGUGAUGAGUACUAAAACUGACGCCUGUAAUGAAGUGCAGUGCGCAAUGAUAACGGCUUUAAUGAAGUGUCAGAUGUGUUCACAUAGAUGAUGUCGCCAUAGUCUAGGACCGAUAGGAACGUCGACUGAAUAAUUAGCUUUCUACUAUUUAGCAAGAGGCAUGACCUGUUUCUCUUGAAGAAGAACAUUUUGAUUCUCAGCUUCUUAACUAACUCAUCAAUAUGAUUUUUAUAAGACAGCUUUUCAUCUACACAGAUAUUUAUAAUCAGGGAAAAACUAAAUAUGGGCACCAUGCAAAGUACAUUUGCUUAAAUCAUUAGAGUUAUUUUUAUGCGCUCUAGAGAAAGUUUUACCUGCAUUCAAUACUAAUUUCAGUCCAAUCAAGCUUUCUCAACACUGGGGCCCCACAAGGGUGCGUUCUCAGCCCUCUCCUAUACUCCCUGUUCACCCACGACGGCAUGGCCAUGCAGACCUCAAACUCAAUCAUCAAGUUUGCAGACAACACAACAGUGUUGAUUGAUUACCAACAUCGACGAGACAGCCUAGGGAGGAGGUGAGGGCCCUCGGAGUGUGGUGUCAGGAAAAUAACCUCUCACUCAAUGUCAGCAAAACAAGAGAUGAUCGUGGACUUCAGGAAACAGCAAAGGGGGCACCCCCCUUUCCACAUCAACGGGAAAGCAGUGGAGAAGGUGGAAAGUUAAGUUCCUUGGUGUACAUAUCACAGACACACUGAAAUGGUCCACUCACACAGACAGUGUGGUGAAGAAGGCGCAACAGUGCCUCUUCAAUCUCAGGAGGCUGAAGAAAUUUGGCUUGUCACCCAAAACCCUGACAAACUUUUACAGAUGCACAAUCGAGAGCAUCCUGUCGGGCUGUAUCACAGCCUGGUACGGCAACUGCACCACCCUCAACCGCAAGGCUCUCCAGAGGGUGGUGCACAACACAUCACUGGGGGCAAACUACCUGCCCUCCAUAACACCUACAGCACCCGAUGUCACAGGAAGGCAAAAAAGAUAAUCAAGGACAAUAACCAAUCGAGCCACUGUCUGUUCACCCCACUUCCAUCCAGAAGGCGAGGUCAGUACAGGUGAAUCAGAGCUGGGACAGAGAGAUUGAAAAACAGCUUCUAUCUCAAGGCCAUCAGAUUGUUAAACAGCCAUCACUAGCACAGAGAGGCUGCUGCCUACCUACAGACUUAAUAUCAUUGGCCACUUUAAAAAAUGGAACACUAGUCACUUUAAUAAUGCAACUUUAAUAAUGUUUACAUAUCUCGCAUUACUCAUCUCAUAUGUAUAUACUGUAUACUGUAUCCUUCAGUAUCUAUUCUUUACUAUCUAUUGCAUCUUAGCUCCUCACCCCUCACUGCUUAUCCAUAUAUUUUAUACUUAUAUAUUCUCAUCCCAUUUCUUUACUAGAUUGUGUGUAUUAGGUUUUGUUGUGGAAUUUGUUAGAUAUUAGGUUUUGUUGUGGAACUUAUUAGAUAUUAGGUUUUGUUGUGGAAUUGUUAGACAUUACCUGUUAGAUACUGCUGCACUGUAGGAUCUAGAAACAUAAGAAUUUCACUACACUCGCAAUAACAUAUGCUAACCAUGUGUAUGUGACCAAUAAAAUUUGAUUUGAUUUCAAGGCAGACUGUAGUUCAGAUAGAGCCUGGUCAACCAUGGGGGCAAUAGCAUACACAAAAGUAUCAUCGGAAUACAAGUGCAGGUAACAAUUUUUUACAGUCAAUAUUGUGAAAGUAAAUGUUGAGAGGCUUCACUGCAGGUAGAUUGUAUGUUUAAAAUUUCAAUAUAAUGUUUGGAGAAAAAAAAUCGAAAGGAACUGUACUUUCUAUAUACAGUGCCAGUCAAGUUUGGACACACCUACUCAUUCCAGGGUUUUUCUUAAUUUUUUACUAUUUUAUACAUUAUAGAAUAAUAGUGAAGACAUCACAUCUAUGAAAUAACAUACAAUGGGGCAAAAAGUAUUUAGUCAGCCACCAAUUGUGCAAGUUCUCCCACUUAAAAAGAUGAGAGUGGCCUGUAAUUUUCAUCAUAGGUACAAUUCAACCAUGACAGACACAAUUAGAAAAAAAAAUCCAGAAAAUCACAUUGUAGGAUUUUUAAUGAAUUUAUUUGCAAAUUAUGGUGGAAAAUAAGUCCCCAAUAAGUCCCCAGUUCACGUCCCGAGUGGAGGGCGUUUAUGGAGCAUCUGGGGGUCUCGGUCAGCCUGACCUCGGGUUAUCACCCGAGAGUAAUGGGCAGGUAGAGAGAGUGAACCAGGAGGUGGGUAGGUUUCUGAGGUCAUAUUGCCAGGACCGGCCAGGAGAGUGGGCGAGGUACGUCCCAUUGGCAGACUCUUCCACGAACAUGUCACCGUGGCAUCAGAGUCAGACCGAGGCUCCUGUGGUGGAGGAGUGGGUGCAGCGCUCUAAGGAGACCUGGAGGGCCGUCCAGGAAUCACUAAAGCAAGCUGGUGGACGGCAGAAGAAGAGCGCUGACCGCCACCGCAGUGAGGCCCCCAUGAUCGCACCAGGGGACAGGGUCUGGCUCUCGACCCGAAACCUGCCCCUCCAACUGCCCUGCCGGAAGCUGGGUCUGCAGUGUGUGGGGCCAUUUAAAGUCUUGAGGAGGAUAAACGAGGUGUGUUAUAGAUUACAACUCCCUUCUUAUUAUUGUAUUAACCCCUCGUUUCAUGUGUCUCUCCUCAGGCCGGUGGUAGCUGGUCCCCUGCAGGAAGGUGAGGUGCCGGAGGUCCCUCCGCCCCCUCUGGACAUCGAGGGGUCCCCGGCGUACACAGUACGUGCUGUUCUGGACUCUAGACGCCGGGUGAGGGGCCUGCAGUACCUCGUGGAUUGGGAUGGGUACGGUCCGGAGGAGAGGUGCUGGGUACCGGUGGAGGACAUUUUGGAUCCAUCACUAUUGAGAGAUCUCCAUCGCACCCAUCCGGAUCGCCCUGCGCCUCGCCCUCCGGGUCGCCCUCGAGGCCGGUGUCGACGCGCUGCGGGUGCCGCGCGUCGGGGGGGGGGGGGGUACUGUCACGAAUCCCACCGAAGGCGGUUCCUCUUCCUGUUCGGGCGGUGCUCGGCGGUCGUCGUCACUGGUCUACUAGCUGCCACCGAUCCCUUUUUUCCCUGUUCGAUUGGUUGAGUCUUAUGGUUUUCACCUGUUCCUUGUUUGGUUGUGAUUAGGGCUAUUUAAGCUGGCAAUGCCCGCUUGCUGUUGUGCGGGCUUGUUCCUUCUGUUAGGUUGUGGUGGAUUGUAUUUUGUUGUAUUUACGCCGUACUGUCGUGGGUCCUGGUUUGGGCCGAUCUGGGUUUUAUGCGCCUAGUGUGUUGGCGUGACCGUGUCAGUACCAUUAUUAAAUACGUUUGUCCUAACCUUCUGCUCUCUGCGCCUGAUUCCUGCACCCACGUGUUACACCAUCAGUAGAU